AUCAGAUUUAAAGAUGGGCAAGGCCCAUGACGCGGCUGUCUUUAGACCUGUGAAAGUCGCCAUUUUGUCGUUAGCGGAGAAGGGGAGUUAAGAGAAUUAUCCAGAAACCGCGUCUAGAAGAUCAGCCAAGAUGGGGAACGUUUUUGCAGGCCUGUUCAAGAACCUCUUUGGGAAGAAGGAGAUGAGAAUCCUCAUGGUGGGUCUGGAUGCUGCAGGAAAGACCACCAUCCUCUACAAACUCAAGCUGGGAGAAAUCGUCACUACCAUCCCCACCAUUGGCUUUAAUGUAGAAACAGUGGAAUACAAGAAUAUCAGCUUUACGGUGUGGGACGUGGGCGGUCAGGAUAAGAUCCGGCCCCUCUGGAGACACUACUUCCAGAACACACAGGGACUCAUCUUUGUGGUGGACAGCAACGAUAGGGAGCGAGUGAAUGAGGCGAGGGAGGAGCUGACGCGCAUGCUGGCGGAGGAUGAGCUCAGAGACGCAGUGCUGCUUGUCUUCGCUAACAAACAGGAUCUGCCUAACGCUAUGAACGCGGCGGAGAUCACCGACAAGCUGGGCCUGCACUCCCUGCGCCACCGCAACUGGUACAUCCAGGCCACCUGCGCCACCAGCGGAGACGGCCUCUACGAGGGCCUGGACUGGCUCUCCAACCAGCUCAAGAACGCCAAAUGAUCCAUUCCUUUAGCGGCGUCUGUUGUGCGCUGUGUGUGAGUGCGCGCGGAUGUGUCUGUCAGUGUGUGUGUGUGUAAGUGUAUUUGAGCGAGAGUGUGUGUGUACGAGUGUGUAUAAUUGCGUGUCUCUGUGCAAACAAUGAGAGUGGCAGCAUCGGCCGGAGCUCGUCUUAGUUCCCUUCAGAUCUUCAUCAUAGUUACCCAUCCUCAUCUUUGGUUCGCUCACUCUGACUGCAGAGGUUCUGACCGGUGCUGCCUGUCUGCAUACACACAUCCUGCGUGUGUGUGUGUGUGUGUGUGUGUGUGUGCGUGUCUGUGUAUCACUGAGCUGAGAGUGGGAGCGGCCCUGCUGUGCCUUUCAUCCUAACACGAACCCCCCCUGUCUCUCCUGAAACCCCUGGUUUGUUCAGCCCUCUGCCUCCACUCUUAUGGCAGAGCAGCAGGCUGAAAGCAGAAAGCUCCUUCUGCCUUCAGGCCUCUAUGUAAAGACCUAUUUAAAGAACAGUCCAGCCCAUCUGACCGGUGUCUCAGACCCAGCCAGCCCCCCUCUGCCUCAUCUGCUCGUUUCCUGCAUGGUACUUGCUUCGACUGAAAUGCCUGCAGGGGAGAAAAGUGGACGGCAAACGGUCAGCUCAUUUGCCCCCUCUCCUUGCAUUGGUUCCUCUACGACCAUGGAACAAUACCUGACCAACUCUUGCCCCCCCCAAUCUGCUAUCCUUGUCUGAUUCUUAAGGUUUGUGUGUGGGUGUAUGUGUGCAUAACAGGUCACCUCACUGCUGAUCAAGUGCUGCAGAUGGAGUAUUCAGUCCUAUGUGUCUCACAGGCCAGUAUGGAGGGGACGUACACACAACCCAUCUGUGUGUGUGCUGCUGCAUGGGAUGGUGUAGUGCAUGCGCUGAUGAUUGGGGGUGGGUAGGGCUGCUCCAAUCCUUGCUCUGCGUCAUUCCUUUGGGAGAAAGGUGGGGGUGCUUGUGCUGUAUCUCACACACAUCUGAGCCUAGUCCUUACUAGUCCAAAAGUGUGUGACAUUUGUGAGUUCCGCCUAAUUCAAAGUGAGGUGUUGGUUGUAUGGCCUUCAUGUUCGCUCCUUUGCUGUAACCCCCUCAGAUAAGCAGUGUGGUGGCCUUGUGCUCUGCUGUAAGGGGAGUUCCUUACUGUUGGAGGGGAUCCUCCUGAGGAGGGCAGCUGACGUUCGUUUCUUUGCUCUCGCAGUGCACCUCCGCCUCUCGCCCUCGCUCACGCGCGCACACACACACACGUACAUACAUACAUACGUACACACACCAGCUUCAGGGUGAUGGGCAGGUUAGCUCCAGCUCAGUGUUGCAUCUCACCAUAUUUUUUUUUUUGUUUCUUCAUUCUUCAAAUCAGGUGGCUACAAUCCCCAAAGCCAUCAUCAUAGUUAGACACCAGCAGUGCGCCUUGGCCCCUCUCUCCAGGGUUUCAGAUCCACACUCAUUUAACUGACACAGAGAUUAUUCUUUCUUUCCGUCUUUCUCUUUCCUUCUUUCUUUCUUUCUCUCAGUUUAUUCCAAAGCCUCCUGCGAAUGUCACAGAGACACUGUAAGACCCCCCAUGUUCCAAUUGAGCCCAAGGUCACGACCCCAACACUGACCUCUUGUAAGGGAAGCGGUGACCUUUCACCUUUUUAUAUUCGUGCAACUGGACAGCAGCCGUUCAUGUUUGUGAAUAUUUUUUUUUUUUCUCUGUAUUUUGCAAAAAGCACCAAUUUCAGCAAGUUUCAGUGUCUUUUGGCCUUUAUACUUUGAUCAUAUAUGUAGAUAUAUACACCUACUGUAGUGCAAAAAGAACAUUCGUUGACCUGGCUGACGAGCUGCAGCAUAUAUGGCAAGUCAUUGACCUCUAUAUGAACUUGAGUAUCAAAACUGUAUUUUAGCAAGCUGAUAUACUUUAGCUACCCGUGUUCAGUUGUGAAGCUUUCAUUUUGAGAAUUUCUGUUGAAACAACAAAAGAAGGUGUGCAUAAUGUUUUUUUUUUUUCUUUUUUCUUAAAAUGGUUUAAUGUUUUUAGCUUUUUUAACCCAUCUUGUAACAUCUGAGAAAUGCACUAUAAUAAAGAGAUCUAUUACAAAUA